AUGAGAGGUAGAGGAAGAGUGAGAGGUGACAAAAGAACAGGCACAUGACUAGGGUAUAGAUCAGGAAAUCCUAAUCCUAGUUCUGGGGACUUGAAAGGGAGAGAGGCAUGGAACAGGCUAUCUGUGUGUGUUUUGGUUUAGCUAUCCUUGUGGGGAUCAAGGAUAGUAAAACAAGGAAAAUUCAGACAAGUGGGGACAUUUUGCCUGUCCCCACAAGGAAAAGGGCUAUUUUAGGCUUGAGGGUUAGGUUUAUGGUUACAAUUAGGAUUAUUAGAAUUAUUUUUGUUUGGGGUUAAGGUUAGGAUUAGGUUUAUGGAAAAUAGGAUUUUGAAUGAUAAUUAAUUGUUUGGUCCAUAGAAGGAUUGUAAAACAAACAAGUGUGUGAAUGGGGAAGUGAAUUCAGGGGCCAUUUUGGGGUGUGAAUCAGCAGUGGCAGUCACCGAUGGACACGCACACCAACACAUAUACACUCAGUGUACACUAACACAUACACUCACACCAACACAUAUACACUCAGUGUACACUAACACAUACACUCACACCAACACAUAUACACUCAGUGUACACUAACACAUACACCAACACAUACACUUAGUGUACACUCACACAUAUACACUCAGUGUACACUAACACAUACACUCACACCAACACAUAUACACUCAGUGUACACUAACACAUACACUCACACCAACACAUACACUCAGUGUACACUAACACAUACACCAACACAUACACUUAGUGUACACUAACACAUACACUCACACCAACACAUAUACACUCAGUGUACACUAACACACACACUCACACCAACACAUAUACACUCAGUGUACACUAACACAUACACUCACACCUGCGCUGUGCAGAUUUAUUAGGGUGGCAUCAGGACAAGCUGGUUAAAUGUGUCACCCCUGACGCACGCUAUGCCAAAAGAGGGAAGGAGAGAGGUAGAUAGUGAAAAAGAAAGAUGGAAAUGAGAGGGAGAGAGGUUGGUUUAUUGGGCCUCCCUGUCAGCCUCACCGACAGUACUGGGCAAUAUUUACAACUCAGGGCAGAUGGAUUGAGAGAAGAUAGGAGAGAGGGAGGUAUAUAAGGCAGGGUAUGGAGCAAAGCACCUGAUUGAGACCUGCAGGGAUCCACAGAGAAAGAGAGAAAGAAGAAAACGUAGCACAGAAACGGCAUCCUCUACAGUUGGUUCUGACACAGUGUUGCCACCAGCUUCAAACACAACAACAGACAAAUAUAGCUGCAGACUCUGUGUUGCAGUACAGACGACUGGGAAACAGCUACCGGCAGACAGACAGGAGUGCAGCACCUGUAGGACAGUACAGACAGUAGACAGUACUACAGACAGUUUGGAGGCAGUACAGACGGUCCAGUACAGACAUGCAGUGUAAGCGUUUCGUUUCGUGUGUUCUGCUGCUUACCGCCGCCGGACCCCUCCUCACACACCCUGUCUCACACUCUAACGAGAUGUCCUACACCGGAACAGAGGAGGACCAGGUGGUGAGUCCAGAGGAACUGUCCCUUUCUGACCACACCUACAGAUUCCACAGUGCACCUGGCCUUGGCAAUCUAAGAUCAGCAGUGUUCAGCCCAGACCAGGCCGUGAGAGAGGUGCUGUUGGAAACACCAGCUCUGAGCCCUCAACCUCAUUUCCUGGGCAGCAGAAGAGAGUACAGAAAGAGAACCACCACAGAGUGCUUCUGGAAGUAUUGUGUCUAGGAGUGACACACACACACACACACGAUACAUAGUAUGUAUUUAUUCUGUUGUGUUCAGGCACAGCUCAGGUGUACAUAGUGAAAUAGUGAAUAUGAGUAAUAAACAUGACUGUGUAGUGUUGUAUGUACAAUAAUGAAUAAAACAGUAUGUUUGGAGAUCA